AUGCCUUCGGCGACGGGAAAUGGUUGGUUUACUGCCCUCUGUGCGGCAGCUGCGGCGGUGGCCGUCCCGAGCUCCGUUUAUCUGUUCUUGUCUCGUCAAGAGGGACGGCGCCAGGGACGGAAACCCCACACAGCUGCCUCUACUCCUGUUGAGGAGUGGUGCGCGGAGGAGGUGCUCGAUUGGUUGAAUUCACUCGGCGUUUCGCCUCCGACGAUGAAGAAUUUUGAGGAGAACAAUGUGGAUGGUUCAGUCCUCUUCUUGUUAGGAGAGACCGACCUCCCCGCGUUAGCGCCAAAGGUGGGUGAUGCAGUCCGCAUUCGCGAGGGCUUGCGCAAGUUGCGAUCUGCCCACCCUUCACAGCGGCCCGUGCACCAAGCCAGUCAACAAGUGGCCCCACAGAAGGCAGAGGAUAUACUUCCCACGGGAGAUGAUGCGGAAAACCGCUUCAUUAAUAUCGUGCAGGAGGUGGAUGAGAUUCGCGCGCUGCUCGAAUCACAGGACUUUCGGAACGCACGACCGGAAUGGCAGACGGGUGUACGGCAGGCGUGCGCACGAAGACUUGCCGCCCUGUGUCAAGAGAAGGAACAACUGCCGGCGGCGUUGCAGGCAAAGGUUGCACCCCUCAUCAGUGGUUUGCAAGCCACGUUUACAUGUUCGCCCAAUCAAGGCGAGGGCGCUACUCUUCCUGCUCCGUCCCCAGCCUUGGAGAAACAGUUGAAGUCUUUGCAUGAUAUGGUCGAUGAUUUCGUCCGCGUCCUGGACGGAACGACGGCUGACGUGGAAUCUGCUCCGGUGAUGCAGGAGCUUCAAAACCAAGUAGGUGUGCAGAUAAGCAGAGUGGCUGCGGUCGCACGCCGCCUCCCCGCCGAAUACGGGGAGCCACUACUGAAUAAGUGUGAAGCCGUAAUCCAGCGGCUACAGCGGAGGGGAUCGCAAUCUGCAGCUGCUACUGCCGAUGGUACGCAUGGGGGUGUUCCAACUCUGGGAGGAGUACGCCGUGGUCUGAGGCCAGCCAACUUUGAUCUCGUACUGAAUCAACUCCGCUCUUUGUUCACGGAGCUAAAGUCUUCAGUGUUGGGGGAGCCAGAUGCGCGGCGUCGUUUGGAUAAGUUGAUGAGCAUAAAAACGACCUUGGGCGGUAUUCUGCAGGAGGCCGCUACAUGGGAUGAUUCUGAGGCGACUGCGAUUAUCAACAGUGUUGCAAACAGGGUAUCAUCUGUAUUUGAACAGAUGGAAGCGCUGACUCGCGAAGAGCUUUCUUCCCAUGGCGGAGGAGGCACAGGUGCCCCACACAAUGAGGGUGAAGCCGAUAAUGUGGAUGGUUAUCGGGGAGAGAGAGGUGAUGAUAUACCCGUGACACAUGUCGUUGCAAAUUUGCAGGCAAUCAUUCAGGUACUUCACUCGGAUGAGUUGAUGGACGCACCGGUUGAGGUACAGCAGCAGACGAUCGGCAAACUUGGCAGAAAACUGAGAGGGCUUCACCAAAGAAUGGAGCGUGCCCCGCGAGACGAGACAAACUUGCAGAUAAUGACGAUGAUUGAGACGGCACAGGGCCUGAUCGGGUCCGUCGCUGAUGGGUCCGAUGAUGGUGAUGAAACCCCAGAUGAAACUUCCAGUAACCAGAGGUGGAGUCAGCGCGCAAGUAUGGGACGUGGAAGUGGGGAGCUUGGCCCCGCAAGCGGUGGUGCAGCGCGUUCCCCUGGAUCAACGACGAACGGUCUUGCCACUUCGGAGGAGGCGGAUCUCGCGGACGAGGCGGUGGUAUUGCUGGAAAAGGUUUUUGAGUACAUCAAUUCCGGUGCCUUCGACGCACUGCCACCAGAUGAGCAGGGAGAAGCAGCGCGGCAGAACCUCAAUCAGCUUCAGCUAAUUGAGCAGAAGUGCCGAGCAUGUGGCGGACAGCAGCAGCUCAUGGGAAUUAUUGCGCACAUAAAAGGUAUCCUUCAGCAGAGGGCCCGGCAGGGCUCGAAUGGUGAGACGCGUAGCCAGCUGUUUCUUGCCAGUUCAGCCUGCGUUGAGGAGAUUCAGUCGCUGUUGGACUCCAGUGCCUUUAAAUCAGCUGAUGCGGGGAAGAGGAAGAGCUUUGCUCUUUGUCUCUUACCCCAACUUCAAAAUGUUAUGUCAUCCUUGCCACAUAUGGAACCCACUGAGGCGGAGAUGAUGCACGUUCUCAUUGCUCCCAUUAGUGAAGCUCUCGAAGCCGCCUCAACCGCACCGGAUUCGACUCGAGAUGUGUCUGUUUCAGCUUCUGUGAAUCCGCUUGAACUCAUUUCAAGGAUGGAGGAGAUACGAAACGUUCUAGAAUCCGAAGAGUUUCGGAAUGCUUCAGCGAGACAAAGACGCCUUAUUGUGUCAAGACUCGUAGUGAGUAUCGGAGAGAUACGAGAGCAGUGCCUCUCUUUGGGUGAAAUAGCAACCCCUCUUCUUCCUAUCGUUCAGGAGAUGCACACACAGCUGCAAAAUGUGGCUGCGUAUACGGGAGACGAAGCACACGAGGAGAGUGGGGCUGGGGGCGCCAGUACACCCGCCGUUUCUCGUGUUGCUAAUGCUGACGACGGUUCUGGAGAUGACGAUAAUGAAGAGAGUGCCGAUGCUGUCCCUAGUGCAGAGGAGGGAAAUCUUAAUGCGAUGCUUUCGGAGCGUUUGAAGUUGUUCAGGUCCGUUGCCGACAUUGCUGACAGACUGCGGCGAAGCAACAUGGAGAAAUUCACUGUCUCAAUGGAGGAACUUGAACCCCUGCAAGGUCUCUUGGCUAUGGUUUACUCUGUUGGGAUAUCUUCUAAUGAGGAAAGGAGUCUCCGUGACGAGUUUGAGGCCCAACUGGGGGAAGCAAUGAAUAGAGCGAACGCCGCCGUUUCAACCAGUAAUGAUGUGGAGGAUGUAAGAGCUCUGCCGGCUACACUGCUGAAGGGGACUCCCCCGGCUCGAGUGGGCGCAGAUGAGAGGGUCCGGGAAGCACUGAGGUCAACAAGAGAGCGUGCCAACCUCAACCAGGGUUCACCGAGACAUGGGCAAGUGCAGGACGCCGAUGUGGUGGCUCGCAUGUCAUACCUGCAAGACAUGCUUGAUGAGGCAACUUGCCGUAUCCACGAGAACCCACCGCAAAAUGAAGAGGAACUGAGACCGUAUCUCAGUUUACUAAGAGAAGCUGGCGAGGAGGGAGAUCGACUUCCAAUCAAUUUGCUUCUAGGAUUUAAGGAGCUCGAAAAUUCUGUUGUAGAUGCUGCUCAGUCCAUACCCGCUUCAGGGGGACCGCGAGGUGCGCGAGAGCCUGGUAUGCAGGCGCAGGAAGACACUAGUAAUGGUGACUUCGCCGAAGGUGAUGCUGAAGAGUCUGUGACUCUUCUGUUGCUUGACAUAUCAAAUCGCCUGCGUGAGGGUUCCGUCUCGGAUGAAAGAUUGGACGAAUUAUCGGCAAUGCUGGACUGCUUGGAUGGUCGGGGCUUUACCGAAUCUUUCAGGCACGCCGUUGAAUCUGUGCGACAACAGUUGGAGUUGCAGCGUGUUGUUAACAGAAAUAAUGCAGAGGAAUCAUCAUUGGAGGACGAGGAGGACGAUAACGGAAACACAUCGGAAGUUGCGGGGGAUAUUUCGAGAGAUAGUGAAUUGGAUACAAGCAACAAAGGAUGCCAGAGAGCAGCAGCGUCAGCGGCUAGCACACUUUCCAAGAUCGAGGACGUGUCAGAAGUUGCUGAAAGCUCGGAAAAUUCAGCAUCCCCCACGUCGGCGCAGGGACCUGAUGGAGGGUGCACGGCGGCAUUGUCGGACCGUGCACUGAAGCAAACCAAGCCGAAGAAGCACAGCAAGGGUAAAUUAACAUCGUGCCUGGAGAAGCUCCAAAAGAACGUCGUCCCGGGUGGAAAAAAAGCUGAAUUGACUCUUCUUCCGCGUUUGGAGGAGAGACUUCUCAAGGAGGAGCAGCAUUUCAUCGAAAAUACCACUCUUGCCGACAUCCAAAAUAUCAGCAAACUCAUCCUUCAUUUGCAGGCAAACAACGACGUGAAGAGAAAUUCAGGACUGAAGUCGCAAGUAAACCGCCUGAAGGAAAAGUUUGCCCGUCAGUUGGUGGCAUUCAAGGGAAGCGAUCAGCAAGCGGCUGCAGUUCGUUCAAAGUUGCGACUGCAGUGCCACGACGGUGAUGCUUUUGGACGGUCUGUUCGUAACCUUGUUAUUUGCACCGGAACUGAGGCCGAGGCGCCUGGUAACGAGAUGAGGAGUGAUGAACUGCUUAGGUCCUUAACAGAGGGGAAAGCGGCGAAGGCAGAGGUCCCUUCCGACGUUGUGAAGGAGUGGGCCGGGCGAAGUGUGGCGCUUAUUUUUUGCGAAGCAAAUUCUAAUGAGGGGACUGUGCUAUGUGAGCUCCUGAUGCUCCAGGAGGUCCUCGUAAACCGAUAUGGUUUUGAUGUUUACCUGGUAAACUAUGGGGACCCGUCUAAAGCAGGGGACCUGCUGCAGGAGGUUGCUGCCUUAGAUGUGAAACGCCUCUUCUUGUACUUUGUGACGGGUGAUCAUGACCCCUUAACACCACACGCAAUUACAUUUCGCAACGGAUCGACACUUCCCUAUCAGGAUGUAAUCAACACCGUGGACAAUAUUGACCGCGUUGUUUUGGCACAUUGCCAGCCACUCCGACUCAACGUUGUUUCAACGUUGGUUGGCUGCGAUGCGGAGGUGAAGGACAAUUCUCUUCUUUCUGUGGUAAUCACAGAGGACGCUGCGGUUGAAAUACGACCGGUGCGAUGUUGGCUUUACGAUGGGCUCCUCACACCUGCCGUGACGGAAUUGCUGUCCCUUGACGAAGAGCGGGUUCUGUGCCCAGAGGAUCUUGUCAUGUACGUUGUCACAGCUCUCAGUUCGCACAUCAUUGACUUCGGUAGCUUCAUGGAGCGUGAACCUCUGGGAAUGGGGUUCUUUUCACCAAUCGAAUGA